UCUCCGCCGGCCACUCACAGAACACCUGCACGUGUACCUGCACAUGGCACGUAAGAGUGGACGUGCUGGUUUGGAAGAAACCCGAGCUGGCCCCCCACAUGGUGUCAGGGACCGCGCGAGAUAGUAACUUUUAUACUGAGCCCGGCGGGAAAUGACUGACUUACAACCUCCGAGCCUCAGUUUCCUCAUCUGUAAAACGGCGCUGACAAUGAGUGAUGUUUGGCGACUGCUUGACGAGGAAUUAUGCAAAGGGCUGGCCCUAACUCGGGGCCCGGGGGCAGGAAUACCACCCUCGCUCAGGUCUCCGCAGGCGCCGGCACCCGCAGAGACCGGAGCCCCGAGGAGGCAGUAGAAGCUCGGGUUGGGGAGCUGGGACGCACCCGCCAGGCUUCAGUCCUCCUCCCCUCCCCGCCCCGGGCCCCCGCGCUCCGCGGAGGUCGGCCCCAGGGCGCGGAGAGGCGUGGCCGGCCCUGGCGGACCCUGGAGGCGGCCAUGGCCUCGGUGGUGGAAUACAAAGGGCUCAAGGCCAGCUACCACUGCGGCUACUGCGGCUCGGAGGAGGGCAAGGUGUCCUGCGGCAUGUGGGCGCAUUCAAUGACUGUCCAGGAUUAUCAGGAUCUUAUAGAUCGAGGAUGGCGAAGAAGUGGGAAAUAUGUGUACAAGCCUGUCAUGAAUCAAACAUGUUGUCCUCAGUACACGAUAAGGUGCCGACCUUUACAGUUUCAGCCAUCAAAAUCUCACAAGAAGGUUUUGAAAAAAAUGUUGAAAUUUCUGGCUAAAGGGGAAAUUUCCAAAGGAAAUUGUGAGGAUGAGCCCAUGGAGCCCACCAUGGACGAGAGCGUUGCAGGUGACUUUGCAUUAAUAAAUAAAUUGGAUAUACAGUGUGACCUUAAAACACUCAGUGAUGACCUCAAAGAGACCUUUGAGAGUGGGGAGAAGAAGAAAGGAAAAAGCCCAAAGAAAGAAGAACCUAAGGAAUUAAUUCAAUCCCAACAUAUAGAGGAGAAGUUGGGCUCUGGGGAGCCAUCCCAUCCAGUUAAAGUGCACAUGGCUCCUAAGCCAGGCAAAGGGGCAGAUUUGAGUAAGCCUCCAUGUCGGAAAGCAAAGGAAAUCCGAAAAGAAAGGAAAAGGUUAAAACUCAUGCAGCAGAACCCGGCUGGAGAACUUGAGGGUUUCCAGGCUCAAGGCGAAGCACCAUCUUUAUUCCCACCAAAGGCUAAUAAAUCCAACCAGCCCAAAUCACUUGAAGAUUUAAUUUUUGAAUCUUUACCAGAGAAUGCAUCACACAAGUUAGAGGUGAGGGUGGUGAGAUCAUCUCCACCAAGUUCUCAGUUCAAAGCCACAUUUCAGGAGUCUUACCAGGUCUAUAAACGUUACCAGAUGGUUAUUCACCAGGACCCACCUGAUAAACCAACUGUGAGCCAGUUUACAAGGUUCCUUUGCAGCUCCCCUCUGGAGGCUGAGAACCCCCCUCACGGACCGGAUUGUGGUUAUGGUUCCUUUCACCAGCAGUACUGGCUUGAUGGAAGAAUCAUUGCUGUGGGAGUGAUUGACAUCCUUCCAUACUGUGUAUCGUCUGUCUAUUUGUACUAUGAUCCUGAUUAUUCGUUCCUGUCUUUGGGUGUCUACUCCGCACUACGAGAAAUUGGUUUUACUAGGCAACUUCAUCAGAAAACAUCUCAACUCAGCUAUUAUUAUAUGGGUUUCUACAUUCAUUCAUGUCCCAAGAUGAAAUAUAAGUGGACGAAGGUCGCAGCAAGGAGCCCGACCGGCUGCAGGUGUUCCACAAGAAAGCCAUCCUGCCCUACGGCGUGUACAAGAGGCAGCGCAAGGCGGCGGCCGAGGAGGCGGCGGUGCUGCAGUACGCGCGGCUGGUGGGGCAGGCGUGCGCCGAGCGGAUGCUGCUGCUGCGGAACUGAGGCGGCCGCGCCCCCGCGACUCCCCCUGCGCACCCCCUACGCACCCCCCCGCGCACCCCCCAUGCACCCCCGCGCCCCGGGGACGCCCCGGCCUGCCCACAGAUGAGAUAUUUUUUAUUUUGACUCUUCUAUGGCUUUUCUAAACCAUUUUGUGGCGGGGUUCGCGUGAGAGGCCCCGGCCCCUGUAAAGAUUUGAAAGACGGGUCGUGACCUGGCCUCGUCGCGGGGGGGUCUCUCGUUCCGGAAGUUUGUUUUAUGAACAAGAUACGGUAUCGACGUCUCGUGUUAAUAUUUUGGAAAGUAAAAGGAGUGGGUGGAUCUUAAGUCGUUUAAACAUCGUCUUGCUUUUUUGGUCCAAGAACUCACAGCCGACUGUGCUCAGAGCCGUUUGACAUCGGCUGAUGCCGGGAGACCGAGGGCUGCGGAAGGAGGUGGGGAGUCGGCCUGCGGCUUCGCAGACUCUCAAGAGCGCUCCGUGUGUGGUGUCCCUGCCCAAGGUUGUGUAGUUGGUAGAACACUCAGAAGAUACAUACCUUAAAGGCAGUCCUGUGAACCCCAGAGGAUCAUUUACCCACGACAGCCCCGGUGCGGUCAUGUCUGUUGUCUUGACGCAAUUGUUUUUUCCUAGAAUAAUUAAUUUUACUCUCAAAAGUAUCCCAGUUUGACAACGAAGUUAUGUGAUUACCCUAGUUGUACAUAUUAUUCGUUCUAUUUCUAAACGAAGAAAUGGAAGUUUUGGGUGGGGGGUUGUUGGUUUUUUUGUUUGGGGGGCUUUUUUUUGCCUGUUUUAGGAAAAUGUGAGCUCCUGCCUUGACCUAAGACCCAUCAGAAGUAAAUAUAUGCUAAAUUUUUCACUCCUUAGAACUUAGGACACUUGUCUUCGGUUAUUGAUUAAAAAUGAGUUAAUAUCUGACUCCUUUUAUAGCUGUGCUACAAACCACGUUUAAUGAGGCAUAGGAAUCAUUUUGACCUCUGUUCCAGGGCAGAGGUGGAGCAAUCCAUUUUUUGCCCUUUGAUUUGGGAGUCAGCACAUGCUCUCUCUGUGUCCUCUCACUUUCUUUUGGCCCCUCACCCAGUCAGCAAAUGUCCUUUGUCCACCCCGGUCAGGGUUGCAGGCCCUGUGCUGGGAGGAAGGAGGCUCGGCCGCAGCAGUUCACAGAGCAGAACUGUGUUGGAGGCGAUGAAUGACAGAGGAGGGUUAGUUUCCUGUGCUCUCUUUCAGCUGAUCCCCGGCCUUCUGCCAGCUGCUUGGCCACUGAGUUCAUUCCAUUCCCCAUUUUGCCUGUUUCCUAUCAAUAUUUUUAAAAAACCAUAUUAUAAAACAUAGUACUUUGAAAUCUACUACUGGUUUUAAUCUUUUCUUCUAAAUACACUGAAUUUAGAUAAGACAUGAGAAAAUAAUUUCGUUUAGAUAAAACAACGAUCAUUAAAUAAUGAUUUUAAAAAUCACAUGUCUAGAAAUUCAGCAUCCAAAUAAACUGUGUAUUUAUUCAUUCAGAGGGUGUGUGUGUGUGUGUGUGUGUGUGUGUAAAACACUUGCCACUUGCAGGUACUUUGCCAGCUGAGCUGAGAGCAGCGAGGAAAGCCAUUUUCUCUGAUCGCGUGGGUUUUGCAUUCUUCUGAGAUUUUGUUCUUCAAAGUCAUCUCCCAAGAGUAUUUGAUAGACUCUUGUUUGGAAAUGCCUUCAGAAUCUGUAGAUUUUUUUCUUUUUCCUCCAAAAAGAAGAUAGCUUAAUGUUUUUAGAAUCACAAAAUGGUACUCACUGUAAGCAGUUCAAAUAUUAAUAAAACUAUAAAUAAGAAGGUAAAAUAUAAUCUGAAAUUCUACCGUACUAGAAAAAGAGAGAAUUGUUAUACAUCUACACACAUAAUGUACAUAAUUUGAAUAUACAUGGAAUUAUGCUCUAUAUACUGUGCUGUGGACAUAGCUGAAUUUUGAAAGAAAUUUCAAAGUAGGACUUCAGAAGUGUUGUGAGUGAUAUGAGUACCAGGAAAGUCAGCGGGCUGGGGCCGCAUCUUGGUACCCUUGGCGUCGGAAUGUUUUUGAUGCUACCAACUGCAUCACACCCUCUUUAUCUCCGUGACUGGCACAUGGAAUAGCAGCCCUAGAGAUCACAACUCUUGAGUAGCCCGUGAAGAGAAAACCAGACUCUUACGUCUUACCACGACUCUGGUUUCCUCCUGCAGAAUUCAGUCCGGGUUCCUUCAGAGCAAAGUGAUCGAUCACAUCCCCUUCUGGGAAUCAGGGUCCUGCCUCUGUGGGUGGCAUUCAAGGUGGCUACAGUGACCCUCCAGAGAGAGCUGACCACAAAGCUGCUUUUGCUCAGUUGCUGUAUUCAUGUGCUGUUCUUUGGGGAAGAGACAGUGUAUUGAUCCUAAUGAGUUAAUUAUUUGUUCUUUGGUAUCCUGGCUGAGUACUGAUAGCGUGCUAGAAAAGGACAGCAAGGCAAGUGACCCAACUUGGCUGGGUGACGUGCAGUGUAGCUGAGAAAUCUGGUUUUAUGUUCAUGGCUUUCAUCCAAAGAAAGACACUCGAGAACCUUUCAAAGAUAGUUUCCAUCUUUUCAAGGCUUUAAGCUACGCAUUCACGCUCUUAGAGUUGGAGUUCCUUUCCAGAUGCACAUAAAUGCAUACCUGCUUCCUUGUUUCUGGAGCAGAAAUGUCAUCGAGGUUUUCCAGGCCACCAUCUUAUUUAAAUUCUUCCAGUUCUGUGAGAUUUUUGUUAUUUUUAAAAAAUGUAAUCUGAGCACUUUUUAAAAAAUAUUCUAUAAAAGAGGCUAUUACCAAAUGAAUAUAUUAUUCAUUUGAUUAAAAUUAUUUAGAUAAGAAAUCAUUACUGUUUAGCUUUGCUUUCAGUGUAUCCUAUUAUUUAUCCAUUUUGCAAAAUAUCACUUGUGUGUGGUUUCUUAACAUAGCAGAAUCUAUUAUGUAAAUGAACCUUUUCAGAUGUCUGGGCAGUCUAUGGUUUGAUUGUAUAGGCUUUGUACUAUUUAAGUGUGAAUAAAAAUGAGGAAGAAUAUAAUGACGAGUUAUCUAGAAGGUUUUGGUGGUUGCUAACUUAAAAGAAGGAAAUGAAAUGGAAACAUAAUGUUUGAAUUAGAAGUUACUCAAAUGUGUGUUCUUUUCCAAAAGAAAACCAGUGACUAAAGCAAAACAAGUUUGAUUGCAUGUGAUUUUUCUUUUGCUCUUGUGUAUGCCUUUUGAACAGUCCAUUUGAUAAAUCUUGAAUGAAAAAAAUAAAGCUGUUUCUAUCUGCA